AUGUCUCCCGGAUUUGAGAUCCCCAAGUCCGGACUGUCUCUCCGCCAGGAGGAUCAGUCCGGAGCCGCUCCGAAAACCACUCAGAUCAUGCGGCUAAACCUGGCGCAGAGCACUCUGGAUGAACUUAUGGAGAAUCUGCGGAGUGACCAGCCAGCUCGACUUCGCCUGGGAAAACACCCGUCUCUUCACUAUGCGGGCAAGUCUCAACCCUUUCACGCCUACCCCGAAACCCACCGUUCCGAGAUCUACCAUACUUCGACCGACGGAACCGACGAUCGGGAAGUCUACUUUGCCGGUGUUCUGAGCCACAGCCUGGAGGUUGAAAAAGCCAAACAGGACACCGCCGCCACCGAUCAGGCACUUGCCAAUCUGGAGGAGAGCCUCAAUGCCUUCGAACGGGGCAAGGAGUCCAAGAAAACACACAUUAUUCACCAUCCAGAUGAAUUCAAGGCUUUGAAGGCCGCUGGUGCUGGAAACUCCACUCUGCGAGCCUCCAAAUCCAAAUCAGAGCUAGAGAAGGACCGUUUCCUUCGGACAGGUCCGAGCCGAUCACUCACCUCGAGCCCGACCCUGGGUGCACCCAAGUCUCCUAUGCCCAUGCCUACCUCCGCCCCAUCCUCGCAAGUUAAAAACCAAGCCCGCCUCGACGCCCUCAAGACCCCUUUCAUUCACCUGCUUGCGGUUCGAGCCGUUUCCACCAAGUUCCUCUCGCGCCAAACUCGUUCUUCCAUUGAGGACUGCGGUAGCCUAGCUCAGAAGUAUGGCACGGAGAACCGCCUCAAUCGUGAGAAAUUCGAUCUCAGGGACAAGACAUACAAGGACCUUGAUGUGUGGAAAUUUCCUUACCCAAACCAAGAGGACCGACAGCAAGCCAUUGAGAAUGCCGUUUCGGCCUUUGAUCGGCUGCGCAUCUCUCGCUCUGAUAAACUCUGGCAGACGCUUCUUCCCAAGGAGGAGCGAGGCAAGGGCAAAUGCCUGUCUCGUCUCAAUCUGAGCACUGGUCCCGUCAAGAAGACUUCUACUCCGCGGAUACAGGUGGACGGGGCUGAUGAUCGGGCCAAUGGCGAUGCUACCGGUAACGACACGGACCGUCCUACUGUCUCCUCCAAGGGCCUAGAUGGGGCUCCACCUCGAUCAAACGGCACUACUCAGAAGUCCCGGGCGGAGAAAGAGCCCGCGAAACGACCUGCCAAGGCUAAGCCCACUACGAGCAACAACAGCACCCUGACCGGACGAGUUACAAAGAAGACGGGAGGAAAGGCCCCGGCCAAAGUGGAGACCAAGUUCAAGUCUGACGAGUUUGUGCACUCAUCAGACGAUGACGAUGUGGAUAUGCCCGAUGCCACGCCACCCUCAGGACCACCGGCUCCGCGUCCGAAGGAGGAUAAAGCAGCUCCACCCAGAAGGACUCAGGCUCAGAAAGGUCCUCAGAAGACCCACGUCCCUGCAAAGCGCCCUGCCGACACUUCGAAUACAUCCAAGGCUCCCAAGGUCGAUGCACCUACCCCCAAACUCGAAUCAUCCCAAUUCAAGACCGCAUCCAAGAAACCCGCCUCACGACAGUCCACCUCACCCCAGAAACCCUCUCCACUCGGCUCUUCUCCUCCCACCAAUGCCUCCGAUGUGCCGAAGCGGAACCGCUCCGACAGCCAAAAUCAAUCCUCCGGCUCGUCUUCUUCUUCUCCCCUUAUUUCACAGCUUGCCCGGACCAAUAAACCUACCACUACUCGGGUUUCGAAGCCCACGACACAAUCUAAUGGCGUCACAAAGUCUACAAACACUGGCAACCCCUUGAAGCGGAAGGCCGAGCCGGCAACGGCACAAGCUGCACCUGUCCGCACAACCGGGAACCUCGACCACAAACGGCGCCGAGCCGUAAGCGCCUCUAGUGGAGGCAGUACUGGCAGUGCAUCCCCACCAAUGAGCUACGAUAUUGCCCGACAGCGGCUAUCGGAGCGGUCACAGAUAUUUAAAAGCCACUAUGCGAAGUACCGCAAAUUGCAUAAGUCCCUGGAAGGCCAGGCCAAUCCUUCCCAGGCGGACCUGGAAAAACUCGUAAAACAGCACGAGCACCUCCAAAGUGAAAAACGAGAGAUCUGGGAAGAAGAUCGACGUCUCCGAGAAGGCAUUCGCGCGUGA